AUGCCAGUUAGCCGAAGUCACCCCAGGGCUGAAGGGAUUUUCCCAGAGCAAGCAAACAAGAUGCUUACCAAGAAAGACAGCCUCUGUAAUAUUCAAGAAACCCUAUCUGUGUUUGCAGAGGCUGCUGCCACGCCACCAUCACUCUCUAGCUGUCCAAAGCCAGUGCACCCUCUAGCUCGCCAAGCUCCAGCGGCAGAAGAGGGCCUGGUGAAAUUGAUUCGUACACUUUCGUUCCUGCGGCUGGUGCCGGAAAUUGCUCAAGACUGCAAAACAGAUCUGCGCUUCCAGACUGCAGCUACUGGUCCUCUACAGGAGGAAAGCAAGACCUGCUGCCUUUUAAAAGACAUCAACCUGGAUUGUAUAUAUGCCAAAUGUGUAACCCUCAUGCCAAAAAAUAUCCAGCUCGCGCACCACAUCCCUAGAGAUCCUGUUUAA